AUGCGGUCUCUAUCACCAGCUCUCGCGUCUCUCGCGAAUGUAUUCCGUAUCCCCAUGACGCUCGCACCAUCGCGUCCUUCCGUUACCCGUGCAUGCCACGAGACCCUCGCCCGCCGAGCAUCACAACCUGGCCCGAUCACCGCGGCCGUGCAAACCGCUUCCUUCUCAUCGACAACCUCUCUGGCCAAGCGCAAGGAGAGCCGAUCCAACGUGGACAAGCGAAUCACUCUUAUCCGCUACUUCCUUCACCACCCUCUUACUCCCCGUCCUCUCCGCUUUUCCCGUAACCGUUACCUCCGUCACUGGACUAUUCACCGCGCUUGGCAACUCUUCCAGGCGAAGCAGCGCACCAACCAGCAGCUAGAGCUUCAGCGUCAAUACCAGAGCAUGCAAUCUGCGUGUGAGGAGCUGCGAACUGGUGCUGGAGAUGGUGGCAAGCUUUUCCGCAAGUCCAUGAACAAGAAGGGUAUCUUUAAUGAUAUGUUUCCUAUUGAGUACGGACGUAUGCAGACAGAUUACCCACCUGCUGAGGGGUGGAACCAUGAUUGGAAGAGGAUUGAGAAGAAAUAA